AAUUCGGUGCGGGAUUUGAUAAUUGAUCGCGUAAUAUCUACGGGGAGAUCUUGCGUAUCGGAUCGUUGUGUUCGUCGGGCUUCGCUUUUGCGUCUAGAAUCAACAACGCACAGCUCUAAAUUAAUCGCCUGUUUUAGGGUUUUAGUAAUCUCUAAAUUCUGCUUGAAGCAUAUAUGGCGGAUGAUUAUUGGAAUCGGCAGCAGCCUCUGCUUCCCUCGCCUGGCAUGCUUAAACGACCUCGUGUGGAAUAUGAACUUCCAUCCUCUGGAUUUCCUCCCGGGCAUGAUAUGCACAGUCAUUUAUCUAGUGAUGAUCGUAGUGGUCCUCCGGCUGUAAAAGAUACACAAGCAAUAGGGUCAGCAUAUGAUCGUUAUCUCCAAAGUGUGCAACUUUCUUCUGCUGCAUCCGGAGAAGUACCUACCCUUGGGGAAAUGGGGAUGGGAAGGCCUAUUGCAAACAGAAUCCCAGUUGGGAGUAGAAUGCCUGGGCCUUCAAUUCCCGAUCCUGUUGUAAUGAGUCGUCCUCCUGCAGUCUCUCCUGAUCUUGCACCUAAUGGUCGGAAUAUCGAGUAUGGUAAUCAUCUUCCGGUAGAGUCAAUAAACAGACCCGGACGCGAAACUGUUCCUCUUCCUCCUGAUGCCUCAAACACUUUAUAUGUUGAAGGACUUCCGUCUGAUAGCUCCAGGAGGGAAGUAGCUCAUAUUUUCCGUCCCUUCGUGGGAUAUAAAGAACUGAGACUUGUGAGCAAAGAAUCUAAACAUCGUGGUGGGGACCCUCUUAUAUUAUGCUUUGUAGAUUUUGCAAACGCAGCCUGUGCAGCAACUGCCAUGAGUGCAUUGCAAGGUUAUAAAAUGGAUGAACAAGACCCGGAUUCUAACUACUUAAGACUACAGUUCUCACGGCAUCCAGGGCCGAGGUCUGGCACUGGAGGAUCGGGCGGCAAAAGGUGAACAAGGUUGAGAGAAAGGACAAUGACCAAUUUAAAUGGGAAGCUUUCAUCUUCUGGUGUACAUUGUACUAGCUGCUCUGCUUGUACGCCCAUUAUUAUAACUACUUAGAGAUGCUGUUAAAGUUAGGCAAAUUUUAGACGACCCCAUAUUAAAGUUGCAUGUAAAUUUAAGAGGCUUAGAUUCGGAGGGUUUCAAUGGUCAAACAAUUUGAACGAAUAUGGUAUUUGUUGAAAGAAGAGUACGCAAGUGAUUAUUUUUAAUUGAUUUC